AUGAAUUGUGUGAUAGACCAAGGGACAAAGUUUCACAUCAAUAAUGAAAAGAGAGAAAGAGACAACGAAGAGGCAGGAGGGAGCAUUGUGAGUGACAGAGUGUCUCCUCUGUCAGAUGGUAGAACCGUUACCCCCAUAAGAAUAUCUGUGAAUGGGGGCAAGGGAAUAGGUGGCAAUGAAGGAGCGAGGUGGGAAGGGAUGAGGUCAUGGAAAUGGAGGUACUUUUGCGGUCGAACUAACAAAGUAUUCCAAGGAGCUUUGAAAUUUAUGAUUCCUGAACGAAGCUGGUCGUGCGAAAAUAUUACCGGGUCCACACAUCCGCUAGAGUGCAAUACAUAUAGGAUAGUAAUAAACAAAGAAAGUCCAUUGUUGGCCAGAGUUCGCAUGACAUAUCCCCACAAAACACAUACCUCUGUUCAUCCUUCAUAUCAAUACGCCCGAUGGGAGAGAGUGCGUGUAGAACAACGAAUUCGCUAUUCCUUGUGCGAAUGUGUAACAACUUAUAGGACACCAGUUGAAGUUUUUCCGCUCUUCUUGUCAUACUCACCACAGUUUCUAUUUUGGACUACAGACCUGGGAGCGAUAAUGGUUGAUGCACGCGAUCCGGUUACAACAACGGAGCAUUGA